AUGGCUACAGAGUCACCCGAAGAUCUUAAUAAUUUUCUCUCCAAAGUCGAUGAUAUUCAUCGACUUGUACAAGACUUAUCUUCCAACGAUGCGAAGGAUGUAUCAAAAGCAAUGGAAGAAUCUGACGCCUUGCUCAAACAAAUAACUAGAACAGGUGUUGAUCGUACUGUGAUUAAUAAAUCGCCUUCUCAGCCCUCAUCACAAGAUCAAAUGUCGCAAGCUGCAUUUAUGAGCGCAUUGGAGCAAGACGCCCAAGAACGUGCUGAAAAUCGUCGAAAAAAUAAAAAUCUAGCGGAUGAUUUCAAAGCAAAAGGAAAUGAUGCAUUUCAUCAACAAUUGUACGAUCAAGCAAUUGAGUACUAUACGCAAGGUUUAAAAGUAAAAAAAGAUUAUGAUGUUUUAUACACAAAUCGAGCUCAAGUCUAUGUGAAGCAAGGUCGAUAUGAAGAUGCAAUAAAUGAUUGUGAAUGGGCAUUGAAAGUAACACCGACAUACAUCAAAGCGUAUGUAAUAAAAGGCAAAUGUUUGAUAAAUCUGAAAGAAUUCGAUCGUGCAAAUGAACAGUUUCUUGAAGCCGAUAAAAUUGCUGUUAAAAAUUUCGAACCGAUCGCUACUCGACGAAUGAUAGAAGAAUGCAUUCAAGAUGUUCAACGACAGCGUGAAAAACAUCAACGAGAAGAAUCGGCUCGAGUAUUUCUCUCCAAUGAAAAUCCAUCUGAACCAAUGAGUUUAACUAAUACAUUGAAAAAAUUAACUACCGAUCAACAACCGAUCAUUUUCUAUGUUGGCGGAAUCGAUCUUCUAUGUGAACUGAUCAAGGACGAAACAACUCGAACGGCAUUUCGAGUUAAUCAUGGGUUUGAUCUGUUCAAUUCACAUUCGAUCAUCGUUGAGAGCACAAACGAGAAUUUAUCCGAAGCAUUGUUUCGUCUAAUGACUAUCAUAUCACAAGAUGAUGAUGAGAAUACAAAACUAUGUCUGCAAAGUAAAUUCCUGAACAAUUAUCUCGCGAAGUACAAAUAUUCAUCAGUUGCAUUGAAAUUUCUUGUCGAUACGUCACUCCAAACAAACAUACGUUUGAUACUGAUACAAAAAGUCAAUCUGAAUAAAUUUAUUCAAUAUUUAAUGGAUUUGAUAAAUGACAAGAAAUCUUCACAAGUCUAUGCUGCAAAACUGCUCAGUAAUUUAGCAGUAGAAGUCAAAAUUAAACAAUACUUUACCAAUAAAGAUGAAUUGUUACAACUGAUCACAGUUUUAAAAUCCGCAACAAUUGGUCAACAAACUCGAACAGUUAUGUUAUCAUUACUGACCAAUCUUUGUGCGGAAAAGAAUAUUCGUUCAUGUGCGAUUGAACAAACCGACUUGUUACAAGUUCUUUUGAAAGAUUUCGAGUGCGACGAAAGUGACCGACAAUUGAAUCUUCUCGGUCUGUUAAUCAAUUUAACAAAUGAAAAAUGUGUUGCAUUGGAACGAAUUUCUCAACAAUUGUGCGAGAAAAUUCUGACGACGCUCAAAAAGUCUUCUCACCAUCAACGAAUAUUUACACUAUUGGGAAACAUUGCUAUGCAUUAUGAUCAAAGCAUCAAUACUCUGCUUCAAUUCAAUAUCAUUUCUUCCAUCAAUCACGCAUUCCAACAGGAUGAAAAUGAAGAAAAUAUUCGCGCCGGUGUUCGACUCUUGGCAUUGUGUACUCAAUCGAAUGAGCAAGCACAACAAACACUAGCGAAUGACACUAAACUCCUAUCGACUAUCUACACUCAAUUCUCGAAAAGCCAGCAUUCAUUACUCAUUGGUAAUGCUUCAUUGGUCUUUGGAAACAUUGUUACGCAUUCAGCGGCGAGAAAGUUCCUACGAGAACAUUCUAAAGUUGGUGGGACUAUUGGUCAAAUGCUGAAAUUAGUUGAAGAGCCGUGGUUGAGUAAAGUAGCAAGAAAAAAUGUGGCAAUCUUCAUCACUAAGUUAGUGAGAGCCGAUGAAAACUUCUUAGAAGAAUUUCGAAAACAGCAUGGAACUGAAAUUCUCCAUUCAGCUCUGAAAGAUGUUGAAUUAUAA